AUGCCCAGCUAUGCCAAGUUUCUGAAGGAUGUGGUUUCUAACAAGAGGAAAUGGAUGGAGUAUGAGACGGUGAAUUUGACUGAAAGCUGCAGCGCCAUUAUUCAAAAGAAGCUACCAGCUAAAUUGAAGGAUCCAGGAAGUUUUACCAUUUCUUGCAUAGUGGGAGAUUGUCAAGAAGGGAGAGCGUUAUGUGAUCUGGGGGCGAGUAUCAAUCUAAUGCCCUAUUCGUUCUUCCAGAAAAUGAAGAUUGGAGUGCUCAGACCCACUACUAUAUCAUUGCAGAUGGCUGACAGAACAGUGUCAUAUUCGAAGGGGAUCGUUGAAGACAUACUUGUCAAGGUCGGGGAAUUUAUUUUUCCAGCCGACUUUGUAGUACUUGAUAUGGAGGAAGAUAGACACGUCCCACUUCUCUUAGGCAGGCCCUUUUUAGCCACAGGGAGAGCACUGAUUGAUGUGCACAAAUGA